AUGUCACUUAGUUUCCCACUUGAUAAAAAUAUCAUUCAGGUCGAUCGGGCGUCGUACGAAGCCUCUUCGUCUCUUGACAUACUUGUCGAGAUUGGAGAGCGCGAUGGUGAAAUCGAACGCCACUUUGCGCUCGACGAACCCGAGGCCGAUGAAGGCGUGCUUGCCGGUGCCAUCCUCGAUCCUGAGGAUGAAGUAGCGCGCCGAUUCGAGCACGGUCUUGACGGAGGUCGCUGGAAUUUGGAUCCUCCAGUCGGAUCUCACACCGGUCCUUGCACGACCUUUUCCGCUCUCGGCGAGCUUCUCGUCGCUGCUGGCUGCAUCACUGACUUUGAUGAGUACCGCUCGGAUGUGGAGGCAAACAAUCGAAAGGUGAAAGUGUAUGGUAGGAAUUAUACAUUCAUUGAGACCAGAUGGAAGAAGCUCAGAGUUGGUGAUCUUGUCAAGGUGCACAAGGAUGAGUACUUUCUUGCUGAUCUGCUUUUGCUUUCAUCAAGCUAUGAGGAUGGCAUUUGCUAUGUGGAAACUAUGAACCUUGAUGGAGAAACAAAUUUAAAAUUGAACCAUGCACUGGAGGCGACAUCCCAUCUUCAUGAUGAAAAUUCCUUGGAAAGAUUUAGGGCAGUGAUCAAGUGUGAGGACCCAAAUAAAAUUCUAUAUUCAUUUGUUGGGACUUUGUUUUAUAACGGCAGAGAACACCCACUUUCCUUGCAACAGAUGCUGAAAAAUACAGAAUAUGUCCAUGGAUUUGUUGUUUUCACUGGGCAUGACACAGAAGUGCGGCAAAGUUAGACAACUCUCUUUUCUUUCAGUGUCUUUUUUUUUUGCCCUUAUUUAAUUAUUGAAUUUCUAGUGUUGCAUGUUGGUCUGUAUGUUAGUUUGGUUCAUGGUAGUUUUGGAGGUUUGGAUUGGUUAAUUGUGCCAACUUGGCCUCAGUUUUGUUUAUAUUCAAGAACUGAUUGUUUGAU